AUGGCAGACAUCAGUUCUAACUCUGGUCUGAAAAGGAGUAAGAGGUCAAAGUGGAGUAUCUUUGGUUCUGUCGUCGCUCUUCUGGGAGUCAUAGCUAUUGCCGUGGGUGUUGGUGUAGGCGUGUCCAAUAAGACGAGUGGCGUUAGUACUUCGUCGGGGUCAACAACCUCGUCGAAUCCAGGUCCUCCAAAGCUGAGAGAUCCUAAUGACCCCAGUACCUUUGUCAAGAACCCAAAUUUGAAGCAGUCGUUCUACGGCAUGUCGUACACGCCUGAGGGGUCAUUACUUCCUAAUUGCGGCAACUCGCUGAGUGCUAUCAUCCAGGAUAUUCAGCUUAUGUCUCAACUCACAAAGCGCGUACGUCUAUAUGGUGCAGAUUGCAACCAGUCCGCCCUUGUCCUUGAGGCCAUCAAGCAGACAAAGGUCGACAUGCAGGUGUUCCUGGGCAACUAUCCCACCCCCGAUGAUACCACCACAUACACCCGUCAACGUGAUACUAUCAAGGCAGCAAUACAGACCUAUGGCAUUGAUCACAUUGCGGGAAUUACUGUCGGCAAUGAGUAUAUUCUCAAUUACCUUAAAAACUAUGGAUCGGAGGAUCCCAACGGUGACGUUGGCAACAAAGGUGGUCAACAGUUGGUGGCCGACAUUAACGAUACCCGUGGUAUGCUUGAUGGCCUCAAAUUGAGCAAGAAGAUACCUGUCGGUAAUUCAGAUGCUGGCAGCUACUUCAAUAAUCUCGUGCUGGAAGCUAUUGACUAUGGGAUGGCAAAUGUGCAUCCGUGGUUUGCAAAAACCUCAAUCCGAGAUGCCGCGUCUUGGACAGCAACGUUCUUUGAUGAAACCAAUGUUCAGCCUGCCGCGACAUUACCGAAUAAACCCAAAAUGUACAUAGCUGAGACAGGAUGGCCAUCGCAAUCAUCAGAUGCUGCUAAUGCCAACGACGGUGUUUCGGAUGCGUCUGAAGCUAACCUUCAAAUCUUCCUGAAUGACUUCGUCUGCCAAGCAAAUACCAAUGGCACUGGAUAUUUCUUCUUUGAGUUCACUGAUGAACCUUGGAAAGACGAAGUGUAUGGAGGUGUUGAGGGACACUGGGGUUUAUUCCAUGCCAAUCGCACAAUGAAGCGACUAGCCAUCCCCGACUGCCCAGUGCCAUAA